UACAACAAAAUAGAUAUGGACACACACACAUAUACACACACACACACAAUCAUACACAACACACACACAAUCACCGCCAACCAACAGCUCACACCAACGCAUCAAGCCAUGUCCAUCAUGUCGUUGCCGUCGACAAGCCUGUUGCUGCCUCCGUCAGGCGAUUCCAUCAGCCCGUCCAGAACUCACUACGAGAGCUCUAAGGUCGACAACCACAACAACCAUCAUUCUUCAACAUACCGCCACCUCACAUUCGCCUUCCACAUCAGUCCGCCGCUCAACCUCAAUCGUCCGUCUACCACAGCUUCGCUUCGCUACCACCUCACCUUGCUCAGUCUCUGUCGUCCGCCACCUACAUCCAGUCGCAGCAACCAGCCCGCCGCCGCCACUAACGUUGUCGCUGGCAGCAACACCGACGACGUUGAAUCGGCGAUCGCCGAAGAAUCUGGAAGCUGGCAAUGGAUAGCCUCGGUCG